AAAUUGGCCACAAACAGCCAAAAUUGGCGGGUUUUGGGGCUGAUUUCGUGGCCAAUGGUUGGGAUUUGGGGGAUUUUGGCUGGUUUGCGUGGUGAAGGGGAAAGGAAAGGUGGUAAGGGCAGCACCAGCACCGGGGUAUAGGCAGGGGAAAUGGUCGACGACCGGAGGUCCGGGAGGAAGGGGGUAGACUUGGCUGGCCGUGGGUGGCAGUGGCUAGUUAUUGGUGGUUUUGGAUUUUUAUUUUUUAUUUUUUAUUUUAGACUUUUAUUUUUUAAAAACAUUUCAAACCUACCACGCAUUGACACUUGUUUAAUAACCUUCUACAUCAAGUUGGAUGACUGGUUGGAGGUGAUGAAAAUUAAUAGGGUAUGAAGUUGGGAGCGAUGAUGAAUAAACUAAAGUUGGGAUUAAUAUUGGCGGAUGAAGCAAAGUUGAGAUUAAUUGUGGCAAUUUUUCGUAAAAUUUUUACUUGUGGAAAUUUUCAUUCACAAAUUCUAAUAAAAAUUCUCAAUCCUCAUCCCGAACUCCAAUUUUUAUACAACGUACACCUGAUAUAUAUACGUGAUAAGGGUAAAUAUUUAAGACUUCAGGUUAUGAUGAGGUCAUUUCAUGAAACUUUAUUCAAUUCAAAAAUAACUAGCAAAUGUUGUACAUAGUCUAGAGACGCUAAUAAUGAGAACAAGUAAAAGGUGACAAAAGAAUUCCUAGCUCAACCACUCUCUAACUUAGGCUUCAUCCGCGGCUCUACUAGCUUAAUUAGGUAAAAGGAAAAUGAAACAGGUUACCUAACUUAAAAGGCUUAAAGAACAACUCAUUUACAACAAUUAAUCAUAAAUAUAGUUACAAAGAACUCAACAAGCAUACUCAAACUAACUUGUGUAGCUUGCUUUACGUUUUUGGUCUACAAAUUAAGGACGGAAUUUAUCCUUAAGUUUUCAGUAUGCCUUCAGAUCGGAUACCGGUGAAUCCGAGAAUCUAUCCAACUUCCAUUGUCAUAGACCAGGCAACAAAACCUACAGUUCCUUUAGUUCCUAGAAACAGUUCGAUUUCAUCAGAUAAAGGGCACACAAUGGGCAACAAUCCACCCCCUUAUCCACAGUCAUUACCGCCUUUUCGUUCUCUUGCCAGACAGCCAAAGGGCCGAAGCUGCUGUUGCAGAGUCAUCUGUUGCAUAUUUUCUUUACUGGCUACCUUCUUACUUGUCGUUGGGAUUCUUGCCCUCGUUUUCUUCUUGGUUUUUCAUCCUAAAGUUCCUAGCUACUCGGUUGACAGGCUAAGAAUAACCGACUUCAGGCUCAAUCUGGACCUUAGCCUGUAUGCUAGGUUCAACGUGAGGGUAACAGCAAAGAAUCCGAAUAAAAAGAUUGGUAUAUACUAUGAAAAAGGAGGUAAAAUGAGUGUUUGGUACAAGAAAACUAACCUGUGUCAAGGGUCUUUUCCAGCAUUCUAUCAGAGUCCGCUUAAUACAACAGCAACUGAUGUCUCCCUUUCGGGGCAAAACCAGUAUGGGAACACGUUGAUGCAAGCGUUGCAGCAGCAACAGCAGACGGGAAACAUUCCUUUGGAGCUUAAAGUGGAUCAACCUGUUUCGAUUAAAGUCCAGAGUAUGAAGCUUGGGAAAGUGAGGUUUUUGGUUAACUGCCAGUUGACAGUGGAUAGCUUGAGCUCCAAUAAUGCCAUUAGUAUUAAAGCUAGCAAUUGCAAAAUCAGGGUGAAACUUUGAAUCGAUUCAUUUUCCUAGAUUUCAGCAAUUAAGAAAUAAUGAAUUAAUCUAUAUCUUCAAUUGUUUGACUAUUUGUCGUUUUUGUUCAUGUAUAUCUCAGCUUUAUUUUCUUUCUUUGUUUUUUUCUACCCAGAUUAACGUCUCUUUAUUUGUAUUUGUAUACUAUAAAAGCUUUUUCUCAACUUAGUAUAAACUAGUGUCUUUUGUUUACGUAA